GAGCCGCGCCGUGGCCCCUUCUUUUCCGGCCCGAGGUGCACGCGAGCCGCGUCCAUGGAUCGCGCAGCCGUGGCUCGGGUGGGCGCUGUGGCGAGCGCUAGUGUGUGCGCCCUGGUGGCGGGGGUGGUGCUGGCCCAAUACAUACUCACCUUGAAGAGGAAGACGGGCCGCAAGACCAAGAUCAUCGAGAUGAUGCCAGAAUUCCAGAAAAGUUGUGUUCGCAUCAAGAAUCCUACAAGAGUAGAAGAAAUUAUCUGUGGUCUUAUUAAAGGAGGAGCUACCAAGCUUCAGAUAAUAACAGACUUUGAUAUGACACUAAGUAGGUUUUCCUACAAUGGGAAAAGAUGUCCAACAUGUCAUAAUAUCAUUGACAACUGUAAGCUUGUUACAGAUGAAUGUCGAAAAAAGUUGCUGCAGCUAAAGGAGCAGUAUUAUGCUAUUGAAGUUGACCCUGACCUCACUGUGGAAGAGAAGUACCCCUAUAUGGUAGAAUGGUAUACUAAAUCGCAUGGUUUGCUUAUUGAGCAAGCCAUACCAAAAGCUAAACUUAGAGAGAUUGUGGAAGAAUCUGAUGUCAUGCUCAAGGAAGGGUAUGAGGAUUUUUUUGAUAAGCUUCAGCAGCACAGUAUCCCUGUGUUCAUAUUUUCGGCUGGUAUUGGUGAUGUGCUAGAAGAAGUUAUCCGUCAAGCUGGAGUUUAUCAUUCAAAUGUUAAAGUAGUCUCCAACUUCAUGGAUUUUGAUGAAAAUGGGGUGCUCAAAGGAUUUAAAGGAGAACUAAUUCAUGUAUUUAACAAACAUGAUGGGGCCUUGAAGAAUACAGACUAUUUUAGCCAACUAAAAGAUAAUAGCAACAUAAUUCUACUUGGAGACUCCCAAGGAGACUUACAAAUGGCAGAUGGUGUAGCCAACGUGGAACACAUUCUGAAAAUUGGAUAUCUAAAUGACAGAGUAGAUGAGCUUUUAGAAAAAUACAUGGACUCUUACGAUAUUGUUUUAGUGAAAGAGGAAUCACUGGAAGUGGCCAAUUCUAUUUUACAGAAGAUUCUAUAAACAAACUUUUAUCAAGAGUUCUUCCAUUGGUGCAGCUGAUACAAGACCUGCUCAUCUGUCCAUGCUGCUGAAAGACAUAUUUAUAAUAUAUUCUUGUCUUGUUUUCUCUUCACAUAACUGAAGUAUUUUCAGACAAUGUUGAAUCCUUGUUCCCCUUCUGUCACUAUACUCAUGUCCAUAAUUUUAAUUUACUUUAAAAAUUGUCAUAAAGCCAAAAUUGAAAAAAUAA